ACUUGACGUUUUGAACAAUUUAGAAGAUUCGAAUUAAAAUCUAAAUUAUAGUAAAAAAAAUAUAACGAUGAAUGAGGAUAAAUCGAAAAUUGAUUUGCAUAAGAAGAUUUGGAACAUAUUCAAGCAAUUCGAGAAGGAUGGAGACGGCAUCAUUAGAACGGAGGAUCUGGAAGCUCUAAUGAAGACCCUUAACAUCGAGUUUGCUCCACACAAAUUAACACGAGCCGUUAAAAUCCUCGAUCCCGAGUCAGUGGGUACUAUUGAAAUCGCAAACUUUAUGGAUUAUAUGGCUCGUUGUUACGACGAUCAAACGGAAAGGGAAACGCUAAAAGAAGCGUUAAAAGUUUUUGAAAAUGAUGAUGCGAAAGGAUGUAUUUCAACUAACGAGCUUGUCAAGCAAUUAUUAGCUUUGGAUGAUAGUCUUAGUGAAGAAGAAGCCGUUGAACUUUUAGAGGAGGUAGGAAUUAGUGGCGGUUAUGCAAAUAUUGAUGAAGUUUUAGACAAGGUUAUUAAAGAAUUAAGUUUUAGUUAAAAGGUAGAAUAAAAAUUUUAUUA